AUGGGAUUCCAACUUAAGAGAAAAACUGUCGGAGCUGCGCCCUUUCCCUUCUCGUCGACGGAAGUGAGUGUUCCUAAGGCGGGAAAAGGGAAGAAUAAUAUUCUAAAGAAAACAAGGCGUUCCUCGACUAGCCUAUUCCCAAUUCCCAAGCCAACCAAACCAGGGAAGCUAGGUCCAACCAUUACCCUUUUCGAGCAGCUCUUUCAACUGCCAAUCAAUCCCCAGAAUAAAGCCAAGGUUCUUGAGUUUUGGGAAUUUCCUUCCAUUGGCUGGUUCAAAUUCAAUACGGAUGGUGCUUCCAAGAGGAACCUUUUCUUGCAUGGUGCUGCAACGGGACAUUCUGAAGAGGGAAGGAUCUAUACACUAAUAGGCGGCCUACUGGCGUACCUCGAAGUACUCCGGUAUAUACACCAGGGCAACUUUGAAAGACAAGUUAGCAACCGUACUGCUGCAGAUUCAAAGAGACAAGAUCCAAAUCCUUCAGCCUAUUCACAGCGGAUGAACUUUCCACCAUUAAGACUUGUUGACUUCCUACGCUAUUCGAUUCGCUGGCAUGUCCGGUCUCAUACGAAGGAAAGGUUGAAUGGUCAGUCACUCAUGAAUUCCUUCUCUAAUCACUACUGGAAUAUAGCUUAUAGAAAGAGCAGCUUGAAGGAAGUGGCAAUGCUAGAAGGGCAUUUCUUUCCCGCCUACUUGAGUAGCGCGUUGGAUCUAUGCUUAGGCAGCUUAAUCGCGACUUCAUAUACGUUGCCAUGUCUGGAUGGAGUACCUGCCGGGGAAGCCUGUCGUAGACGGCUGGCAGGUACGACUGAGUGGCUAGCCGGGCUGCUUCUUCUGCGCAUUACUCAAGAUUCUUCCUGA